AUGGCGUCCAUCCCCCCUUCCAGGCUCAGCAGCGCUGCCUCCGACACAGUGACCGGGACACCUCCAGUUCCCCCGGUAGCCGAGCCCACUGGCGCCUUCCUGCCUUCUACUUUCACCACCGCUGUUGCCGAGACCUCGAUAAGGACAUCGCCGGUCGCGAGCCCCGUCUCCCAGGGCACUCGAGGUUCAGCGGCAUCGAUGAGCACUAAUUCUGUGGCAGCGAGCGCACCUUCGCUCGUCACAGCUUGUCAGGGCCAGAGAUGCACUCGGCGGCCCAACGUGGAUGCCCUGGUGGGGGGGAUUGUAGGAGGACUAGUCGGACUUAUGACCAUCUUGUUGUUGCUGUGGGUUGGCAGGACAUAUUCGCGUUCGAAAAAAAGAGGGCAAACCGAGAUGCACGACGGAGUCCCUGUCAGUGUUCAAAAUGGCGGGCUCAAUUUUGGGCACGAGUCAAAUUCGACUCAUCUGUCAAGCUACCUAUCUCCCGAGCCACUUCCUCUCUCGAGUCAGUCUGCACCUACACCUAGGGAGACCAGUGAUUUCAGCAACGACGCUCAUUCUCUAAGACAGGAUUACGGAUUGGACCCAGAGAGUCCAGAACGAGCUCCAUAUACGGAGUCAGUUCGCCCUCUGGCCGCAGAUGAAACAACCGAACACUACCUGGGGAGACAACUGCAGCAGCGAAAACAAGAGCUGUCUCGGAUGGUACAAGAGCACCAGCGGUCGCUCGCGGACCUCAGAGCAGUCAGUGACAGUGAAGCUUCGUUGGAGAGUGCUCACUUGCCCAAUGCCACGGUGACUACUUCCUCUAGUCAUACGACAGCGGCCUUGCGUGGAAUUCUGGAGCAAAUGGAAGUCAUGCAGGAUGAAUUGCGUAGGUUGCGGACGGAACUAUCAUUGCUUCAAGACGGCCCACCUCCAGAGUAUGUCUCGCAAGGAAUGACUAAAGCUGCGAAGUGUUUGAAACUAGAGAUGUCUUGGUGGGUUAUCGGAUGA